GUGAGACUGAGAGAUUUCUCCUUUUCCCCCUUGGUACUUUUUGUUCUUGUUCAGGGUUUUGAGCAUGCAAUUGCUGGAACUAGUCUAUAUGUUGUGGGGCCUGAUGAUGAUGUGGAAGACAUCAAAGAAGCAGCUAUGGAAGAUAUGAAGUCAGUGAUGAGCAGGAUCGACAAAAGUGGAGAGGGAGUAUAUGUUCAAGCAUCUACACUUGGAUCAUUAGAAGCUUUGCUGGAAUUUUUGAAGACCCCAGAAGUAAGCAUACCUGUCAGUGGGAUUGGCAUAGGUCCUGUGCAUAAAAAGGAUGUCAUGAAAGCUAGUGUUAUGCUUGAGAAGAAGAAAGAGUAUGCAACCAUCUUGGCCUUUGACGUUAAAGUGACACAGGAAGCUCGGGAACUUUCAGAUGAUCUUGGUGUCAAGGUUUUUAUGGCUGAUAUUAUAUAUCAUUUAUUUGAUCAGUUUAAAGCCUACAUUGACACUAUCAAGGAAGAAAAAAAGAAGGAAGUUGCUGAAGAAGCAGUUUUCCCCUGUGUGCUCAAGAUCGUACCGAAUUGUGUCUUCAACAAGAAGGAUCCAAUUGUUCUGGGAGUUGAUGUUCUUGAAGGCAUUGUCAGGAUUGGGUCUCCUAUAUGUAUUCCUCAAAAGGACUUCAUUGAUAUUGGUCGUAUUGCAUCCAUUGAGAACAACCAUAAGCCUGUUGACUCUGCAAAGAAAGGCCAAAGGGUGGCCAUUAAGAUAGUUGGAUCUAACCCUGAGGAGCAACAAAAGAUGUUUGGUAGGCAUUUUGAAAUGGAAGAUGAGCUUGUCAGCAAAAUUUCAAGGAGGUCUAUUGACAUACUCAAGGCCAAUUUCCGGAAAGACCUCUCAGUUGAGGAUUGGAGACUUGUCAUGAAACUGAAGACCCUCUUUAAGAUACAAUGAGACAGAUUUUGUUGCGCUUUCAAAGGAGUUGGUUCUUGGGUCUCCGAUAAGCACCAUGUUGGGGUGGGGGGGGGGGGGGUAUUCAUCGAGCUAUAACUGGUGAUUUGACCAUAAACAAGGAGUUUGGACUCAAUAGAACACACACCUCAGGGACAGAGAUGAGCAAAAGUGAAGAAUGCAAGUGGUGUCGUCGUCUGCUGCAACUGAUUUCCUUUCGUUGGUACUCCAAGCAUUCUGUAUUUGCUGUUUUUGGCACUGAAGUGAGAAUUUUUGCAGCAUUGACCAAUGGCAGAGAGGAGUGUGUUGUACAGAAAUGUAAUUUGAAUUUUGAUAUACAAAAACGUGAAAAGAUUGUUGGUUGGCUAUUGCUGGCAAGUUUUUCAUAUUAAUAUCAACUAGUAUAUAUAUCCGCGCGAUGCGUGGAUAUUAUUCAAA